AUGGUAGCGAUCCCGGUAACGUCCCUCUACGAGCUCAAUCGCCAGCAGCCCUUCCAAGAGCCUUCAAAGUCGCAAUGGUCUCAUUCAAACUUUUUCAUGCCGCAAGAAACCCGAUCUCAGGCAGUAAAUGGCACUUUGAUAGAAACAGAAACAGCCAGCUCUAGUAUCCCUUGCAUCUUUCACGGCAAAGACAUCAGAGGCAAGCUGAUUUCUGCCUUCAACCAAUGGCUCCAGAUCCCGGAAGACAAGCUCGACGUUAUCAAGCGGGUGGUCGGGCUACUCCAUUCGGCCUCGUUACUAAUCGAUGAUAUCCAAGAUUCUUCAAAACUAAGACGAGGAUUCCCCGUCGCCCAUAGCAUUUUUGGUGUCGCGCAGACCAUCAAUUCGGCCAACUUUGCCUACUUCUGGGCUCAACAGGAGUUACAAAGGCUAGGCAAGCCCGAGGCCCUGGUCAUCUUCACGGAAGAGCUGUUGAGGCUCCACCGCGGCCAGGGGAUGGAUCUCUACUGGCGAGAUUCCUUGAUCUGUCCCUCGGAAGAGGAGUACCUUGAGAUGGUUGCCAACAAGACUGGCGGGCUCUUCCGGCUUGCGAUCAAGCUCAUGCAGAUGGAAAGCGAGAACACAAAAGAUUGCGUCCCGCUCGUCGACCUUCUGGGAAUCAUCUUCCAGAUCCGAGACGACUACCAGAACCUUCAGAGCGACCUGUAUGCUAAGAACAAAGGGUUCGGUGAAGACAUCACGGAGGGCAAAUUUUCCUACCCCAUCAUCCACAGCAUUCGCAGUGAUCCGAGUAAUCUCCAGUUGAUGAACAUUCUGAAGCAAAAGCCCGAAGACGAGGAUGUCAAGCGGUACGCUAUUCGCAUCAUUGAGUCUACUGGAAGCUUCGAUUAUUGCCGGAAGAAGCUGGCGGGGCUUACGGCAGAGGCAAGAGAAAUGCUGAAAGACUUUGGUGAUUUAGGCAAAACAGCUGGGUUGAAGGGUAUACUGGACUUUCUAGAGUUGAAGGAGUAG